AUGCCGCCCUCGAGUAGGCGUCGCACGCGCCGCAAGGAGAUUCAACUGCAGGAAACCUCGGACGCGGAGGCUCCGGAUUCCUCGCCCAGUCGGCCAUCAGUCAAGAAGCGCAAGGUCGAGCAUCACUCUACGCCGCCCCCGCGACAGCAGCCGCGAGUCAAGACACCUGAGCCGGCGUCCGCGGAUGAGGCGGACGACUCGUCGCCCGAUAAUGAAUUGGCUGCCAACCAGGACCUGGUCGAUACGGUCAUCUCGUCGCUCAAUGUCGCCCGGGAGGACGUCAACGUGCUGCGGGAUCAUUCGAACGCGAAGGCUGAGAAUAAACAGAGUAUCCGCGCGUACGCGAAGAUUGCCGGCCGCAACUGGACGUACUAUGUCAAGACGCUGCAUGUCAACAUCGGACGACCCCCGGAUCGCGAGCAGAAGCUGGACGAACAGUCGAGUCCCGUCACCAUCGCCGCCCGCGCCCUGCCAGAGGUGCACGUCGACCUGGGCCCCAGCAAGUUCGUCUCACGGCUACAUGCGGAGAUUUUCUACGAUGGCGAGCAGACGGCUUCCUGGCACAUUCGAGUCAACGGUCGAAAUGGCGUCCGAUUGAACAACGUGAUGCUGAAACGCGGUUCGGACGCGGUCAUCAGCUGCGGCGAUAUCAUCGAGAUCGCCAACACGCAGAUGAUGUUCGUCACGCCCGGGGAUAAAGCCAACAUCCACCCCAGCUUCGUCGAACGCGCCCAACGCAUCGCCGCCGGCGAGGAGCCUCCCUCGUGGGACGACGCGCAGCACGCACACCCGCCGCCGACCCAGACGCACCAGCGGCGCAUGUCUUUGAUAUCCAACAGCGGAUAUCCAGCGUCAGCCGCCGGCCCCAGUGGCCAGCCCAGCUUGGCUCCUGCUCCGCAGUUUCUCAAGCGGCAGGUCACGCCGCCUCCGCGCUCCCCCGAUACCGCGGGGGCGCGUACGGCCAAGCCGUCCCCGCUGUAUAACCGUGGCAUGAUGAUGGAGAGUACGGAGGAGAUCGAUUACAGCAAAGACUCGGCCAAGGAUCUCAAGCCGCCAUACAGUUACGCUACGAUGAUUGCGCAGGCCAUCUUCUCCAGCGAGGAGGAGAAGCUGACACUGAACAGCAUCUACAACUGGAUCAUGGAUAAAUAUGCCUUCUACCGUCAUUCGCAGAGCGGUUGGCAGAACUCGAUCCGGCAUAAUCUGUCUCUGAACAAGGCUUUCCAGAAAGUUCCCCGUCGUACCGACGAGCCCGGUAAGGGCAUGAAAUGGCAGAUUGCGCCUGAGCACCGGCAGGAGUACUGGAAGAAGCAUCUCCGGAAAGGAACUCAGUCGUCCGCACCGUCGUCGCCUGCCACGAAGGACGGUCCUGCGUUCCGAAAUGCCAACGGGAAUUCCAAUUUCGAGAGCGUCUUCUCUGCCGGCAAGACUUCACCGCAGCAGCCUUCGCCAGGCUUCAGCUCCUUCCCCGUCGCUCCCGUGGAGGCCUAUACCCCAGAGAGAGGCUCGCGUGCUGGUAACCGCGCUGGCGGCCGCGAUCUUCGGAAUAACAACACCACAACUGACUACGAAGAGCCGUCUCCUUUACCCGGUCGCUCGCGGAGCAACACGACUGGACGUACCUAUGGCCUGUCGGACAACGCAGCCAACUCGCCGCCGGUCCUGUCAUCGUCAUACUACGACGACGGCCCCUCGUCCAUGAUCACGCCGGCGCCGCAGCGCCAGCAGCCCCGGCUUCCGCCUCCGAGCACCGCACAGAUCCCGUCCAAGUUCAUGCCGAUGAGCUCGCCGGCGCAGUUCUGGAAGUUUGCCGACAUUGGCAGCACCCCGGCCAGGCCAGUGCCAGACAUGAGCCCGCUGAAGGGUGAGCUGGGUGACGGGCUGGGCGGCAUGCCGAGCAGCAGUCCCCCGCCGCCAAAUUUCACCAGCCCCAGCAAGCCCGGUACAGGAGUUGGUAUGCCUCGAUUGCCGUCGAUCAAGAGGGAUCCUGAAGAGGGACGGGCGGACACGAACGGUGCCGACAAAGAUCAUAGUCGGUCCAAUGGUGGUCCGGGACUGGGGGACGACGAUGAUGACGAAGAUGAGGGUGGUUUUGAUCUCGCAAGGGGUUUCCAGCCUAUUGGCUCGUACCACCGCCAGCUGAGCAGCACCGCGAGAGCGAGCGCAACCACGUCCUAA